CUGGGGCGGGGCGGCAGCGCCGGUGCCGCCCGCCCGGCCGCGCUGCCCGCGCCGGAGCCUCGCCGCGGUCCCGCCGCGCUUCCCUCCCUUCUCCAGCCUGCCUCCUUCCCGGGAUGGGCGUGCGGAGCGGCGGGCGGGAGCGGCGGCGCUUGUGGAGCGGGCGCUGAGCGGAGGCACGUCCCGGCGUGCGGCUCCCGCUGGCCGGCAGCGGGGCUGGGACGGUGCCGGCGGCCUGGGAAGGGGCAGCGGUGAGGGGUCGAGCCCUGAUCCCGGGCAUGGCGGAGACCCUGAGCCCCUGCUCCCCACGGGGCCAGUGCCAGCCCAGCAUGGGCACCAAUACCUCGUCCGCCAACGUGGACACCAACGCCUCCUCCUCGGUGGUGGGCGGCAGCGCGUGGAGGGGCCGGGAGCCUUUCUCCAUCCUCACCGUCCUCAUCCUCACCCUGCUGGUGCUCCUGACCGUGGCCACGUUCCUCUGGAACCUGCUGGUGCUGGCGACCAUCCUGCGAGUGAAGGCCUUCCACCGGGUGCCCCACAACCUGGUGGCCUCCACGGCGGUGUCGGACGUGCUGGUGGCGGCCCUGGUGAUGCCGCUGAGCCUGGCGAAGGAGCUGUCGGCCGGGCGGCGGUGGCGGCUGGGCCGGGCGCUGUGCCUCGUGUGGGUGUGCUUCGACAUGCUGUGCUGCACGGCCAGCAUCUGGAACGUGACGGCCAUCGCCCUGGACCGCUACUGGUCCAUCACCCGGCAGCUGCAGUACACGCUGCUCGCCCGCCGCCGCAUCUCCAACGUGAUGAUCGCUCUCACCUGGCUGCUGUCCGCCGCCAUCGCCCUCGCCCCGCUCCUGGGCUGGGGGGAGACCUACAGCCCCGAGCAGGAGCGCUGCCAGCUCCGCCAGGACCCGUCCUACACCAUCGUGUCCACGGGCGGCGCGUUCUACCUGCCCCUCUGCGUGGUGCUCUUCGUCUACUGGAAGAUCUACAGGGCGUCCAAGUUCCACAUGGGCGCCCGCAGGAGGAACGCCGUGGGGCCCCUGCCCGAGGCUGCCCAGGUGAAGGAAGCUUCGAAGGAACCACAGAUGGUGUUUACAGCUCGUCGUGCAGCUAUCACUUUCCAGACAGAUGGAGAAACAUGGAGAGAACAGAAAGAGAAAAAGGCAGCUCUGAUGGUUGGCAUCUUAAUUGGAGUUUUUGUGCUGUGCUGGAUCCCUUUCUUCAUCACAGAAUUAAUAAGUCCCCUCUGUUCCUGCAACAUCCCUCCCGUCUGGAAAAGCAUCUUUCUUUGGCUUGGUUACUCAAAUUCUUUCUUUAAUCCUCUCAUUUAUACAGCAUUUAACAAAAAUUACAACAAUGCCUUCAAGAACCUUUUUGUAAAACAAAGAUAAAAGGGGACACAGAGGAGAAAAUGAUUAUUGCAUAAAAGAAACAUGCCUGUGCUAUGUACAGUUUUCAUGCACAAGAGCUACUUGAGGGGAUUUAGGAGCAGUGAAAAAGAAGAUGGAAGACGUCUGGAUAUAAACCUACUGAGAGUUUACAGCUCCCCCUUAUAAACACAGAUGUGCUACGCCAGUGUUUGGCAAAGAAGGUGGGAGCAGGGAAUGCCUCCCGUCUGCUCUUCAGUCAUGUCAGGCUGGGUGUGCCAGCGCAGCGCUGUGAGCGUUCGGUGCCGCGGCUGGCACACCCAACCCGGCUGAUCCCGCCCGGGCCGGGCUGCAGCUCUCCUCAUUAGCGAAGGCACCGGUGGGAGAUGCUAAUGAGCGAUCCUGACGUGUUCGUGAUAUGGGCAGGAUGCUGGCCUCGCGUUUGAGAUUGAUUUGGAAGGGAAUAAGCAUGCUGCAGUCAAUCAGUCCUUGAGCUGAUGUGAAAUUGAAGUGGAUGACCAAGCAGCUCAGGAACACACCCUGCCGGGACUGAGGGGCUGUGUGCUCUGCAAGCAGCAGGGCUUGAUGGGCAGGCUCGGUCAAACAGGCGCCAGCUGUGUCCCCUGAGGUUAAGUGAAACUUAAGGGGCAAGCAUAGAAUUAUUCAGAGCCCCUGAGAAUGUGUUCUCACUGCUUGCACAGGGGGAUUUAGUGAGGAUUUUUCACUUGUGUUGUCCUCUCUCACUCUGCCAGGCUCAGACUCUCCCUGUUUUAUGAAACCCAGCUGGAGUUCUUCAGGAAGAACUGGCUUUCAGCUUGGACAGCAGCAUUUCAUUCUUACGGCAUUCCUGUUAACAGAGAGCAAACAUGUAAGGAGGAAUUGCUCUCAACUCUGCUACCUGCAUCUCCACACCAACAGAACCAAACCCUUUCUUUCAUUUUGAAACAUCUCCACAAUCCAAAGCAGCCUGGAGUGAGUGAUGAGUUGAAGAUAAUUGUUAUUCCAAUGGCAAUACUCAUUAAACUUCAUGACAUGCCAGCCAGAAGGAACACUGCUUGACCACCCAUCUGAAGUUUUUACAUGUAGCUAAAGCAAAUUCAGCUUUUUACUUAUAACUAGAAUAAAUCUGAAAUGGAGAUUACUUGUAGGUGAUCUGGAACAGUUCACAGGACAGUUUGCAAAAGAGUCAGUGCCUCAGGGAACAACUCUUGGUCAGGAAAUGUAUUUCUACAAGUACACCUGGUUUCAGUACCACAACCAUGACUUUUUUAUUUUUAAGGGUGGCAGAGUUGAGCAGAAAUUCCCUCAUAUGGCAAUGGAAGAAAAAUAGGAAAAAAAAAACUUAACAAUAGAUCUACCUAAAUUCUGCAAGUAGGAUGUAAAAUUCUGCAUGUCAGACAAGUAGCUGAACAGCCCCUGUCAUUCUGCCAGAGUAUGCUGUCUGAAACAGGAAGGAACUGUCUCAGAACAAAGCAGGAAUAAUUACACAAAGAUGUUUUUCCUCGAACAUAUGAAGCCAAAUGACAAUUUUGCCUGCAGCAGUCCUUUUCAUUCAUUCAUUCUCAUGGAGACAGCAAGUAACAGAAGCCCAAGAUGAUUAAAAGCUUAGGAAAGGCUAAAUCAAUGAAGUGUUAUACAGUGCUUUCACAGUCAUUAGGCAACAAGGCUGGUUCCUGAAGAUUAAUGACCAAGAUCCUGCAUUUCCUCCUUAUUCACACACAUUUCCACACCCCUCUUUGCUCCAAUAACUAACUGCUCACAGACCUUCAGGAGAUGCCACGUGAAAAUCUAAAUACACCACUGGCUUGAUAACCUCUCCCUGUAACAUGGAGAGGUGCCAAUCUAGCAGUGAAAGGACUCCCAGAAUCAAAUUCAGAGUCCAAGAUUCACAUGGAGAAAACGAUCAAGAUACAUCAUAAACAUGGUGUGAUAAGCAUCUUAUCAGGAAAUCUUGUGCAUAUAUUAAUGCACAAGUCACAUCAAAAUGGAUCACUGAACAGGACAGUUGAACAUAGCAAAAGUGUUCUUACCU